AGGAAACCUAGCAGAGAAAAGCAGUUUUUUUUUUCGGCUCGAGAAAAGAUGCCCGCCCACCAGAACAAACCGGACAACUACAAGUCCGCUCCGCGUUUUGGCAUCGUCAAGCGCAACUGCCUCGGGGCUUUGACCGCGAGUGCCGGUGUCGCGAACAUCCUGGGCGCUUCCGCGUUCGACCAGGCGUCGAAGUCGGGGAGGGGUGAUUUCACCCUGACCCCGGAUGGGGAGACGGAAGGCACCGACGUGACCAGCGCCGACGGUGGGGAAGGUACUUGAUUGGAAGUAGCAGGAGUACUAGCUCAAUACAUACUUACGCUGCACCUGCUCAGCAAGCUCGAUACAGCAAUGAAGAAUUCCACUACGUGAUAAAAAAAUAUGGAUGACAUACAUGUCGAGCUGUGCAUGACCACAUUCAAUAAACAAUACUAGAAUACACAAACGUAUUAACGGAUCACACCAGGUAUGUCGUCCUUGCAGCCGAAUGGGGAGAGCGGACCCGUCGUCGACACGUCGUGGCGGAGAACGGAUUCGUAUAGGGGAAUGGGCCCGCUGAACGAGAUGAGGGAAAGUAUAAUGUUAUAAUUGUUCUUCGUUAUUUUUUUCUAAAUAUGAUGCAUCAAGUCAUUUGGCUCAAGUCUUUUUGGCUCUGUCUUGUUGCCGUAUCAUAAUAGAGCACACAUAGGGAUAGGAGCGACUGGUGUAGAAGAGCAGAAAAGAUCCUCUUUUAGCGCUAAAGAGCGACGGCAUUUUUUUGGCUUUAUCAGUUUCUACAUUGUCCGCGCCACCAGUCGCUCCACCGCACUAGGCGGGUUCACAGGUCAACACGUUUAUCGCCCUCGAAUGCGGCGAGGUAAGUUUAUGCCAUUUACCGUAGAGCUGGUUCUUGUUCUUUUUUUGUCGCCGCGGUACACACCAGCAAAAAGUAGAGGCUCGUCAGCACCGCCGAAAAGGAACAUGCUAGCCCCCUCCUCUGGACCAAUCAGCAGGCAGCACUGCCAGGCCUGUGGCUGCCAGCCGUGCGAAGCGUUUCAACAACAUCCCAAGGCGGAGAACGGCCGGGGCCGCUCCCCCCACUGCCGGGGUCUUGGGUGCCACAUCGGGUUCGGGACCACGCUGAAGGCACGUAGUAACAGGCAGCAGCAGCAGCGUCACGAGACUGCCGCGGCCCGGUGGUCGGCCGCGCUGUUGUCCUCUAAGAGCAGAACCACCCUCAGAGUGAUGCGCCUCCUUCUCGAGUGUUCCGCUUGGAACUACAGUCCCGCCUGGAGAAAGGCGGCUGGGUCGAUUGUCCAUCGCUGUGGGAGGCAGUGUUAGUAUAUUAAAUUGAUUAAGGGGUGGGGCAUUCAUGUUGUUGCGUCUGUUUCUUUGCAUGCCGUCGAUUGCCUUUGCAUGCCGUAUUGUAAGUACCUGUAGACCAUUGCUUGUUAAGCUUUAGAUUAUUUAUUCUUGCCCACACCCUGUUGCACCACCCCUGGGAAGAAAAAGCUUCUUGUCAAUGACGCAGUAGUGAUCGGGAAGCGGGAUGGAGGCCGACGCUUGGGGAGACCCACGAACGAGCAUGCGACUCCGCAUGAAGGGCAGAUUAGCAGUGGCAUCGCAUCAGCGUGUGGUGAGGGACGCCACGCGCUACCUACCACAGUAAGUAGGGGGCGGGACUUUUGACGGGAGGGCAUCAAAGCUUCGCGUGAGCAGCGGGGCGGCAGAGUCCAGGAGCAUGCGCGAGGACGGCUGGCGCGAUGUUGGUUGGAGCGCCCGGCCCCACAAAACGAAGGCCACAACUCGCGCCACAUUCUCCUCCGCGCGGGCGAGUUUUUUUCUGGGCGCGCCUAGCUUGGCGACCCACACCCCGCCCGCACGAAUACUUGGUUCUUUGAUAGCCACCGGAAGGAAUAAAUGUCAUGAUUGCAGCCCCGCGACGCAGUCGCGGCCGCGGGGAGUGGUUCUUUCAUACAAAAUAAGAAGCAACGACAACAGGAUCCAAGUUAUUCAAGAAAACGCACCUUCGCCAGAGUUGUUAUGCAGAUUUGCAAUUAGCGGAACAAAUGCAAUGCGCAUGCCCAUGAGAUGCGUUCGCGUUCGUGUUUUGGCAUUUGUAACGCUGUACAUUCAUAAGGAGAUGGCUUUGUGAUGCGGCUCGCCUUGCCAGCCUGCACUGCAAUUUUAGGGAAAACAAAUUUUCAUGCGUGACUUCAGAAGCUUCUGGCUUUUUGCAGAGUUCUCAAUUUGAUUAUGCGGCGGGGGCGUUUUUCUGCAGGAUACAAAUGGAAGUACACGUGUGCGAAGGAUGGAGCGGGUGUGUGCCGCGCUUUCCUAGUCAAACGUUCUAACGCCCGUCAUAUGUCCCGACAUUGAAGAUAGUAAAAUCCGUAAAACUGAAAUAAAAUUUUGCAUCGCACUUCUGGAAGCCAGGAACCGCAGCAGAGCCCGGAUUUUUCUUGAAAAUACCAAAGAGCAACUGGCGCGAGGAACAGAAGCAAACAGCGAGAACCUUAGCAGGCGGCCGUGGAGUACCAAGUGAGUCGGUUCGAUGUUCUUGGGCGCUUGCUUGCGCUCCCGCUUCGCUCGUUUGGUUGCAAAGCCAAAAUCAAGAUCUAAUCGGCCUGAGCAAACGGCGGGCGGAGUCGCCACAUGCAUCGCGGAAACGAAACGCGGCGCCGGCGCUUUGUGUUUGAUCGAAAAUUGCCGCGCGCCGCCCGCGACAGUUUUUCCGCUUGUGGCAUGACCGAAAUUCAGGCUGCCGAAUUCACGGGCGCGAUUGAUAUGUGCCGGAGCGCCGGCAAUUGUUGCCGAAUCAAAAGGGCCCCCGGCCAUCUUGCCACUGUGGCGGAGCUGAAGGCCAAUGUGCCUGAAAAGCAAAAUAGCGAAAACCUUGGAAACCCCACAAAACCUAGCAAAGCGCUACGAAGGUCUGUCGCCGUGCUUCAGGCCGUUUUUAGUUUUAUGGCUUCCGUGCCAGGGGUUGCGCCUAAUUAGUUUUGGGAAAAAGCUGCUUUAGAUCUUCACGAGCAAGACGGAGGUCUCGCAGAUUUGCAUACUUAAGCGUUUUUGUCGUUCAUGUGGCCACAAUCGUACCAAGGCCAGGUCUGCAGCUUCGCUAGAGAUCCGGGAGCGGCUUCUUGAGGUGUGUGGCGUUCUUUGUUCUUUGCGGGGUGUGUCCUGGCAGCCCUAUGCGUUGCCUCUUGUCUGCACCCUACUGGGGGGAAGUGAUGGAGCCCAUAGCGAUGGGGCCUUGGUGAAUGAGCCGGCACAGGAUACAAGGCAGCCCGAGGCCCCCGCCCCGUGCGUCUUUCAGUUCCCAGCCCGGCUGAUUUUGGUGGAAAGCACCCCGCCGGGCAGCCGUGGCAUUGGUUGCCAGCCCGUGUGGGCCUGUGGGCAAAGGCCGGUUACUGGGCGGUCGGUGUUUUGUGGGCGUAGCCAAUAGUACGCCCAGGCCCAAUGGCAUCCGAAGCCGAAGAGGCGGCGCGGCGUGAAGAUAUUCAGGCGCGCCAGUUCGCGCAUCUCCCACCCACGCACCCUCCCCUUGCUGUGUUUUCCACCAAUUUCGGCUACGUCCUCUUGAGUUGUUGUGCUACUCUAUUUUUUUACGGGGUAUGACAGAGGCAGAGCCCCAUGCCGCGUCGUCUGGAACUGGAUAAUAGGGGUUGGCUCCGAAUGUGCCAGCGAGCGUUGACACCUCCUGUAGCCCGGAGACAGACGGAUCCCCGAGGACGAUCAUCCCCAAAGGCGAUCAUCCCCAAAGCGCGAAAAAGCGUAGCCUACUACCUUUAAAGCGCCCGCGCUUGAAGGAAAUAACAGCCGCGCCCCCAUGGUAUAAUUUGCCUGCCCGCCUUGUUAAGUUGGGUGCUCAGUCUCUUUCGGGCUGGGGGAGGGGGCAACUAGCGCACAGCAGCCUGCGAAAGAGCGCACUGCCAGCAUAGUCACCAAAGCGCGCCAACCUCCUGGCAGUCGGUCGCCGGCUGUACAUAUGGGCACGCAGCUUGCCGGCCCGGGCUGCGGCAUCGGGACGCCCUGUAUUUCACCCGCGCCAGGUUGAUCAACAACAGCGGCGCCACUAGUGGUGCCGGGGCGUGGCUCGUGGCCGUGCUGUGCAGAGAGGGGGGGCACGACGUUGGCGGGGCCUGUGCGGUUGGUUCGGUGGCCUAGAGUAACACUCUGGUAGGAUUUUUUGCGCGAUUUCUGUUGUCGUUUUUCUAUUUUCCGUUUUGCGGAUUUCCCUGUCUUGGUUCGCCGGGACACAUCAGCAGAUCUCGUUUGAAUCCGAGGAAGAAAUGACGCAGAGGUGCUGCAAGCCCGAGACCUGCGAGUGGGAUGAGGAGAAAUGCGGGCAAACUGAUAAAUUGUAA